AUGGCAUUCCAAACGAACUUGUCCCUCAUCAACUUGACACCUUACGACUGGACCGGAUACACUCUUGCAGAAACCACAGGGCUCAUAGAAUGGGACUUUCCGAAGACUUUGGCAUCCGGCGACACGUACCAGGCGUCCAUAGUCAUCGACACCUCCCACGGCAGCAACCCAACACAAGCGAAAGCCGACUGGCCGUUUUCCUGGAUCGACCAGGCCCACCCGGUGGCUGAUCUCAAGAUCUCCGUGUCUGGCGACGACGGAGACGGGGCAGACUACUCUUACGCCAUCGACGCGACGCUGGAGCAGUUCGGCACGCAACGCAACCCCAAGGGCUCGACGAUCAGCAUCCCCCUGUACGAGGACGCAUGGUCCCCGUUCCUGCUCGUGGGCGACAACGGCAGCCUCGCGGGCAACAACCCCCCUCUCGACUGGAUGGAGCAGAACCUGGGGCUCAUCGGGUGCCUGACGCUGCAGGACAUUGUGCUUCCCGGGUCGCACGACUCGGGCAUGUCGCAGAUCAACUACGCGCACGGCGGCACGGCGGACAACAGCCAGACGCAGACGCUGUCGGUGCUGGGCCAGCUCGAGGCCGGGGUCCGGUACUUCGACGUGCGGCCCAGCAUCUCGCACGGGCAGUUCUACACGGGCCACUACACCGACGAGCUCGGGGCGAACGGCGAGUCCAUGGCCGACAUCGUCAGCGACGUCAACGCCUUCACGGGCCGGGGGUUCAACGAGCUCGUGGUGCUCGAACUCAGCCACAGCCUCGACACGGACAGCGGCUACGGCGCCUUCAGCGACGCCCAGUACCGCGACCUCCUCACCCAGCUCUCCCGGGGGCUCGAGCACCUGUACACGGGCCACGCGUCGGACGUGCUCACGACGGUGAGGCUGAGCGACUUCAUCUCGUCGAGCCCCGCCGUCGUGGUGGUCUGCGACGAGCGCGACAAGUCCUGGCUUUCCGCCAACGGGUUCCUGGGCAAAGGCUUCUACGGGUCCGGCCAGAUGCCCGUGUACAACAGCUACGCCGACACCACGGAGCUCGACACCAUGAGGCAGGACCAGUGGGCCAAGUUCAGCGCCCAGGCCAAGAACCCCGACACGCCCGACCAGUUGUUCCUCUUGAGCUGGACCUUCACGCAGGACGUGCUGGGCGCCAUCGGUAUCGGCCUCGGCAUCGGUGCCGACGGUGGUGCCGAUGGUACGUCGAUCCGCGACUCUGCCGCCUACUUUAACGGCUUCCUCGCCCAGACCGGGGGCGCCGUGCCGUACACGGGCCCGUUGGAAUGGGCGAAGAAGGCCGGAAAGCCGCCCAACAUCAUCAUGAUCGACAACGUGCCGACGGAUAAUAGGUUCCUUGCGACCUUGUGUCUGGGCAUGACGAGGUGGUUCAAUCGCGACGAAAAGUGUUGA